UCCUCUUUUGCCAAAAUACCUACCUCUAAUCCUGUGUCUCAAUGGAAUUAUGAUGAUGAUGAUCUUCCUAAUUCCUCUCAUCCUUUAUCUCGUAUCUCGGCUUCAAAUCCUCUUCCCUUACCUACGAGCGAGAUCCCAUCAAUUGCUUCUUCUCCUAUUGGACCACUUUCG